GAAUUCUCUUUUCUUACUUCUCUCCCGGUUACAAACAAUAAUGGCGUCGCACGGUUGGGAAGAUACAUUUGCCGCUAAGACUCAAGUCACUUCUGGGGACCAAGGGGAGAGAAAAAACGCGGCGGUGUCGUUUGGUUUCACUAAAACAGUUAGUAAAUUUAAACCCUCGACUGGCGACGCCUUGACCAAGAGAGAAGAAAGAGAUUACCUGACCGGAAUCGACAGAAAUGAGCUGCAAAGUACAAAACCAUCUGAGAAGCCCAAGGAGCUCAUCAUCCCUCUGAUCCAGAAGAACCGCUGGCACAAGACGGACCGAGCGGCCCAGAGUGAGAAGAGUGGAGGCAAAACACAAGAGACCGCCCAAGACAAUGACUCUGUGGACUCUCAGGCAGUCAAAGAACUCAUUGAAGACUCCAGGAGGCAGCUUGAGGAGUGGCAGAAUGGCCCUCAGUCAGAAAGAAACCUGAAUCUCAGCAUCCCUCUGCUGUUGCAAAACAAGGUGCCUGAUGGCUUUGAGGAUGGAGACCAGGUGAAGGUGGAUCUACGACCUGAAUCUUCAACAGAAGCAGAUUAUGAGAGCGUUCCUGUUGAGGCUUACGGACUUGCUAUGCUUAAAGGGAUGGGCUGGAGUAAAACAGAAGGGAUUGGACGCACCUUUAAACAAGACGUGAAGCCAAUCGAACACCAGCUCCGUCCUAAAGGUUUGGGUCUCGGAGCUGAUCGUUCAGCCAUAAAAGACCUGGAGCCCGGCAAACAUAAGCGUCCCCCCAAGCCAGGCGAGGAGCAAGCGAAGGAGGAGGAACUCGUGAUGGGUCCGGGUGGCUGUGUGCUGGUGGAGUCCGGGGCACAUAAAGACCUCUAUGGCAAGAUUGAAGGCGUCGAUCCAGACAACGCUCGAGUUAUGGUGAAGCUCGCUAUUGGCAGCAAGACCGUCACAGUCAGCCAGUACGCCAUAAAACUGGUCGGGCGAAAGGAAUACGAGAAAUACAGCAAAGACCUCAGUCGCCUGAGCAAAGCCCACAAAGACAAGGAAAAGGAGAAAGAGAAGGAGAGAGAGCGAGAGAGACGGGAGGAGAGAGAAAGGAGUGCUAACGGCGACAAGGUAAAACACAAGUCUUCAGAAAGAGAUGGAGGAAAAGAAGAGAGGAAGAGGAAGCACAGAGAUCCAAGUCAAGACAGAGAAAAGCCUCCAGUGAAAGAGGCGAGGCGACCAAAGGCUCCACCCUCGUGGCUCCAGAGGGACUUGAAAGUUCGCUUCAUAGACAAAGCUUUCAAAGGGGGCAGGUACUACAACUCAAAGAUGAGUGUGGAGGAUGUCCUGACGCCGUCUACCUGUGUGUGUCGAACUGAAGAGGGAAGACUGUUAGACGAUGUGAAGCAGGACAUGCUGGAAACGAUUGUUCCGAAAAGCGAAUAUGAUUCUGUAAUGGUCGUACUGGGCGAGCACAGAGGACAGGUCGGACGUAUUCUCCAACGGGACAAGAAUAAGUGCAGAGCGAUGGUCCAGCUCGACCGAUACGAGGAGAAAGUGUUCACACUGGACUAUGACUGUAUUUGUCACUAUGUAGGAGCAGCAGACCACUGACUCACAUAUUUCUACAUCCAAAUAAUCCUUUUUCAUCCCAGCCGAAACAUUUUGUACUAAAAAAUAAUGGAUUUAAGAUUUUAAACAGUGCAAUUUUGUAAUAAAACAU